AUGGCAUCCUACAUCAUCAACAGCGCGCGGUAUGCCACGCCGAUCUAUCCCCAUGAUGCAAACAUCAUCGUCUCGCUCCUUGACUUGAACCUCCCUCGUCCUGGAGAAGAGGAGUAUGACACCGACCAUACGCCUCCGCCGUUCGAGAUAUUCGAGGCUGGAACGGGCAUGGGCAGUCUAACACUGCACCUCGCUCGAGCUCUCCAUGCUGGAAACCCAGCUAUACCUCCCAGCUUGCGCAACGCCCUCUGCAGUGCGCGGUAUAAAAGGGACGAAUUCGGCCUCGACCUCUCCCCCGAGGUUUCAGCAGAGUACGACACUUACAAGAAUAAUCGCCGGGCCAUCUUGCACACUCUUGACCGUAACCCCAAGCAUUCAAAAGCUGCGCAUAGCCUCAUUCGUCAAUUCCGCCGUGCACUCUACUUCCCCACCGUUGACUUCCACGUCGGCUCCAUCGACGAAUACCUCUCUUCCCGCCUUGCUCAGACAAACAACGAGCCCUUCCUCUCCCAUGCCAUCCUCGAUCUCCCCUCGGCGCACGACCACGCCGAACCCGUCAUCCAGGCCCUCCACUCCAACGGCCUACUCAUCAUCUUCACUCCGUCCAUCAGCCAGAUCGCCGACUUCCAAGCCUGGAUACUCCGUUCAGGACAGCCCAUACGUCCAGAGAGGGUCAUUGAGCUGCCUGUCUCCACCACGGCUGAUGGUGUGCGUGAUACUGGUGGCGGCAAGGAGUGGGAUGUCAAGACAGUCAUUCCCAAGGACCAGCCUGAUGGUGCCCCUGUGCAAGUCAUGCGACCCAGAGUUGGUGAUCGCAUAGCCGGCGGUGGAUUCGUUGCUGUGAUGCGUCGAUGGCCUGCUGGACAGGUACCGUCUGAAGCUCAGUCCUUGGGCGAUGAGGCUGUCUCUGAGCUGGAUGAGCUCAGUGGGACUGACGAGGUGCCCGAAAGUGAGAAGCCAUCCGAGAGCUCAUAG